GCCAUGAAAGCUUUCAGUUGGAUCAGUUCUCUGAUCUUCCUGCUAUAUGUUUCACACUCAAAAGCUGAAAACAGGCAAAGCAGACAAAUCACACUCGGAAACCUACAAGGUAUCUGUCGCUAUGGUAACCGGUUGGAGUGUUGCUAUGGCUGGAAGAAAAAUUCUAAGGGCCAGUGUGAGGCACAGUGUGAAUUCGGAUGUAAACAUGGAGAAUGUGUUGGCCCAAACAAAUGCAAAUGUUUUCCUGGAUACACCGGAAGAACAUGCAGCCAAGAUUUGAAUGAAUGUGGACUGAAGCCUCGUCCAUGUGAACAUCGGUGCAUGAACACGUUUGGUAGCUACAUGUGCUACUGCUUAAAUGGAUACAUGCUAAUGCCUGAUGGCACUUGUGCAAACUCCAGGACCUGCUUGUUAGCUCACUGUCAGUACGGAUGUGAGGAAGUUGAAGGCGAAAUUCGGUGCAUCUGUCCAUCCACUGGAUUACAGCUCAGUCCUGAUGGGAAGACCUGCGUAGACAUUGAUGAGUGUGUGAGCCAGAAGCACCAGUGUCCAUACAACCGAGAGUGUGUGAAUACUUUUGGAAGUUACUACUGCAAGUGUCAAACUGGUUAUGAUCUGAAAUACAUCAAUGGAAAAUACGACUGUGUGGAUAUUAAUGAGUGUGCUGACAGCACCGCUAAUAAAUGUGAUCGACACGCAGACUGUAUAAACACUGAUGGAUCGUACAAGUGCAAGUGCAAACAAGGUUUUCGUGGCAACGGCUUCGACUGUUCAGUAAAGCCGUUCUAUAGCAGCAGUCGCAGUUCAUGGGACGGAGGAGAUAAAGGAAGUGCAGAUGAAUUUCAGAAUGUGAUUCCAGAUUCUCCAUCAAAGUUUCGGAUUUUGGGAGAAAAACUGGACAACACCAUCCCCGAAGCCCUAGUGACCGAAUCCCCCAAACUUCACCUGCAACCCUUUGAUUAUGAUGGAGAAGUUUACAUCGGCCCAGAAGAACCACAAAUACUUACAGAGGGGGAGCUAGAGGAGGAACAAGAUAGAGGUGUUGGUGGAGAGGAGAAGAAUGGAGUAAACAGUGAAAAGCUGAAACCCAGAGGAGAUGUUUUCUUUCCUGGUGAGGUCUAUGGGCGAGUGUCAGAACUGAAGGAGAUAAAUGCGGCUCCUCUGUAUGAACGAUUUCUGACUGAUUGUGGUUUUGAUUCGGGGGAGUGUGAAUGGGUUCAGGAGAAGGAUGAUGACCUGGACUGGAGUGUACACUACCAUCAAAAAGGAAAGCAGUACUACAUGGCUCUGAGUGGAAUUGUGGGUAACUGGAGGGAAAAGGCCCGACUGAAGCUCCUCCUUACAGAUCGAGUUCGCCAGGGUUCCUUCUGUCUGAAAUUCAGCUACCAAAUCACAGAACAGCAAACAGGAAGUCUGCGCAUCAUCAUGGAAAAUGCUAACAGCGAUUAUGUUUUGUGGGAAACGAGAUUCAGUGCCGACGAGUGGCAGAGCGACAACAUCGACGUGGUCUGGACGGGCCAAGCCCCAGAUUCGAUUGUUUUUGAGGGAACACGUGGAAAUUCUGGAAGCGGUGAAAUUGGACUGGAUAACGUGGUUCUGAUUUCAGGAAGCUGCCAUGAUGAUGAAGAAACUAUUUUUUAGUUUUAAAUGAUUUUCAUGCAAAAACAAAAAGUUAAACUGAAAACAACGAUAAAGAAGAAACUUAAAUCUCAAGUCUUAUUUGUACCAGGUAAGAAUAUACAACCACAACCAGAAAGCUAAAGAUCCUAAUGAGGAAAAAAGUGUUUUAACGUUUUGGGUUUUGUAGAGUAAAUUGUAUCCGGUAAAAUUUUGAAUUUUUUAAAAUGUUUUUGUGUUAAAAUUUGAUAAAAUAUUUUGGAUUGAAACAAAGUGUACUGUUAAUAAAACAAUAAAGAAGCUGUUUGGUAAAGAAAACAUAGUGAGCAUUUAAUUCAAUGUUAUUGUGCAUAUUAAACCUGUAUGAUUAUUAAAUGCUGU